UGACUCUGAUAUAAUAUUCAUAUUCAUAAAUAAAUGCAAACUGUUUCUAAGAAAUUUAAGUACCACAUAGUAGAAAUCCAUCAAUUAUUAAGAACCUACAGGCGAUCUGCGGUCAAAAACCUUUUACUGUAUGGACGCUUCUAUAAAUAAUAAAAUAUACAAAUCUUAGUCUUGUGAAUAUAUUAAUAAUACUGUAGGUAGAAUACACAGAUGGGACCUAAAUAUUAUCAGUUAAACAUUGACCAUGAGGAGCGUAACAACAGAUCAACGAAUUAAUUGGACCGAGGAAUCAGUAAAUGCAUUUGGAUUGUACAAAUAUAUGAUGCAGGUUAUUUGUUCGUGGCCACUAGAAUAUAGAAAUAAUUAUUGGAAAAUUCGCAUUGUGUUAUUAUUUAUUUAUUUGGUAAUAUGUGUUUAUUAUCAGGCGCUAAUACCUAGUCUCCGGUAAUUUUUAUAUUAGAGAAAUGCUGGACCAUUGUGGAACAAGUUAUGAAAUGGCGACAUUGUUUGGAAUGAUAUUUGGCGUGAUUUCGGGAAUAAUAAAAAUCAUACUUUUGAAUUUAUCUCGUGACAGCACAUCGUUUAUAUUAAAAAAUAUUAUUGACGACUGGUGGAUUAUCAAAGACAAGAAAUCAAAGUUUAUUAUGAAGAAAUAUGCAUCUCUAAACAGAAUGUUAUUUUACGGAUUGUUGACACCAUUUUUGAUGUACACGGUCAAACUGACUUUAGAAAAAAUUCCACAUACUGUUUUAAUAGACAACACAACUGUUCUAUUGCGAACUAUUCCUAUAAGCUCCGAAUGUUGGAAUUUUUCAGACACACCUACAAUUAUUUACAUUAUUCGCUUCGUUUGGCGUACUUUUGAGUUCAUGAUUUACAACAUUGUCAGUUGUGGAAUAGAUCUGUAUUUUUUUGUUAUAGCAAUGCACAUCUGCGGGCAAAUGGAAAUAAGUAACAUGAAUAUAAGAGAUUUUAUGGAGAUCCAUAAUGGUGUUUUUAAAAGUGAAAAAUUUUAUGCUGUUAUUAAUCGCCAGAAAUAUUUAUUAGAUUUGAUGGAUUUGCUACGAGAAUCAUUUAACUAUGUGAUUCUAGCGGUGUCGUUGAUCGCUGCCGUUCAUUUGAACGUAAUCGUUAUAAUGGUGUUUGUAGCUUUGAAGAAUAAUAACAUUAGUUCAGUCGUCGAAGACGCUGCAGGAAAUAUUAUAUAUUUUUUCUCUCAAAUAUAUAUUUAUUGUUAUGUAAGUGAUAAAAUGUCAUCAAAAGUCGAAGAAUCUUGUUUAGCAGUGUAUAGUUGUUGUUGGUAUAAUUUUUCAAAUAGAGUUAACAAGGAUAUUGUAUACAUCAUGUUGAGAAACAGUCAAAAAUUUUAUCUCACCGCAGGAAAAUUUUAUAAUAUGAAUCUGAGUAAUUUCACAGACAUUGUAAAAACUCUAUGCUCAUUUUUUUCAGUUAUGAGAUUAGUUAUAUUUGAGUAA